AUGCCCACGGAGCACCAUUGCUUCAUGGCCAUUCGGAACCAUGCCAUCAAGAUGAAGAUUGCAGAUCCCAACUGCAAAUUUCGCCUUGAGACGGUUGGCGGUACCAUCAAGGAGGAGGUGCGUACUGAGAUGUCCACCACCACAGGUCUGAAGAAACCAUCCUCUGCAUUUGUGGAGUUGACCGUUUACGAAAAGGAUUUUGGGAAAGCCGAGCCCGAGCAGAUCAUCUAUGAGAUCAUCGAUGGCAAGCGCAUUGCUGGGUGCAAUGUGUUGACCGGCAGGGCUGGAUACUAUCCCCGGAUCAGCAAGGAAGAGAACACAGUCCGGAGAUCGGCUUUGCUGACAGAUCACAACAUUGACCCGACCGGCGAGGCCAUCACUCGGAUCUUCAACGCUGCAAAGAGGCAGGUGAUUCAGCCGACUGCCCCAUGCGCCGCCAAGCGACCAAAGUAUGCCAUGGGUGACAAUGGCAGCAGCACUUUCAAAGCCAAGGAUGAGCCAGAACAUGACCCGGAGCAUCGUGGAGAAUCUGAUGAGCAGAAGAAAGACACGAAUGAAGAUGAUGAAGGAUCAGAGGAGGAGGAAGAGAUUGUUGGCAUGAUGGGAUUCCUGAGAGGCCGCUUUGGUGGCAGCGUUUCCAAGUCAUCGGGUGGGUCUUCAUCCGCUGCUGCCAAGGGCAAAGCCAAGGCGAAGUCCUCCGCAGUGGCAACUGGCAGAAACAGAGCUCAACAACCCAAAAAAGUUCCUAUUGGUUCCGCUGCAGGCAACAAACGCAAGAGCGAGGAUAUGAGCAAUGCAGGGAUUGAUUUGAGCUUGUCUGGUUCCAACGCUGGGGAGAUGAAUGACACCGACAAAGCUUUGCUGUCCGAGUUUGACACCAAACUUCAGGAGUACAAGGAAGUGAAGCCUCCUUUGGAUGACGCGGGGUUCAAGCAGUACAUGGGCACAUGCCUUUCAAACUUCGGCUCGGUUCUCAAGGACUUGAAGGAGAAGAGGAAGAGUGUUGGACGUCGAUCCAACAAGGAGGAGGACCCCUUGUACCAAGACCUUGGCCGUCUACUUGAGAAAGUCCCCGAGUACAUCACACUGAUGAAAUGCAUCAACGGAGCACCGGUGGCAACAACCACGACAUUGCUGGAUCAGCUUGACAAGGCAGUGUCGUCUGAAGGCUUUACUUUCAACAGCUGUGUGUACAAGCGCGGGCUGAAAAUCAUGGUCUUGGAGGAUAUCAAGCACAGCAGGUGGUGUGCGCUAGCAACAACCACCUGCAGCGAAAUCGAGAGGAACUUGAAGCAGUUCAACGAUGGCGAGAAAGACAAUGACCCGGCAGCUUUCCAGUACAUGAUGCUCAGCCAGGCAGUCCAGAGAUUGAUCAAGGGUGCGUCCAGCAAGCUGAAGAUGAAGGAGCCUCUCUACAACGUGGGAAACAAGAAGGAGCUUUCAGCCUUGGAUGCACUAUUGGAAGAAGUGAUCAAGUCUGAUGCGGCAUCAUCUACCAUGAAGCACGAUGCACAAACCUUCUUUGCCUUGCUCAGAGCUGACACCAUGCCAGUUCCAGAGGUGCGCGCAGCGAUCGGAGUUCUGGAUGAGCUGAUGAGGAACAAGCAGUUGGAGUCACCUUUGCAUUUGACCGCCGCUGUCCAAUCGUGUGGCAAUUUCGGUGUGAAAUUGGCGGCCGAUGCGACCAGCAUGGCAGAUGUGAGGGAGAAGCACUUGGGUGAACAGGAGGAGCUGAACAAAGCGAUGAAGGAGAUUCCCAAGGAGUACCAAGACAUUACCUCAGAGAACUUUGAGACUCUGUCGCUGGCCAUGCACACGGGUGCUUCCGCAGUGACCACGAUUAUCAAGGACAAGUUCAUGUCGAAGUCCAUGGGAAGGGAAGCGCUCUCCGCUUUGAAAGCUGACCUGCAGCAAUCGGGAAUCUUUAUGAUGUUGCAUUCUUGCGUUCAUCAGGUCCUUCCUUGGAUGGAAGCAUCGGCUACUUCGAUUCGGUCUACAAAGGUGUUUUCAUCACCGCCGACUGAUUCAUGGGCUGGCUGGAAGCAGCUUGCUUCUUUGGAUCAGUACCAGGUGCUCAACUCGUUCUUGAAGACAGCUUCGAAUCUCAGCUCGCUGUGCAUUGCAACGAAAGCUGGCUCAAAGUCAAGCGAUUGUUUGUCUCCGGCGGUUGCCAAGCUGGAUGGGGCAAUGAAGAAACUCAAGGACACACUGUCUUCGAUUGUGAGCUUAGAAAAGGUGAAGUGGAACAACUUCGUCGACAUCUCGAAGGAGAUGACCAGCAGUCUGUCCUGGUUGUGCGAGACCUAUUGCCACGCCGGUGUGGAAGAUGCCAAGGGCAAGGUUUUGGCAGCUUUGGAGAAACUGAUUGAACAUGGCAAGGCUGAUGACAUCAGUGCUGAUGCAGAGCAGCUCAAGCUACAUGCAGCAGCGCUGCCAGACUCUGAUCCUCUCCGGGCGCAAUUGCUGGCCAGCGCAGAUUCAGCCACUACAUUUGUGCAGUCAGGCAAUUUCCAGAAGGCCUAUGCUGAAGUACCAACCUCCGAGAACUUGCUUGCCAUUGCCACCAUCAUCAAGUCAAUGCAGAAGGUGAUGGAAUCUUCGGGGCAAGCCCUUUCAUGCCUAUUCCCAGAGGGUAAAGACUUUCCUUCUGAAGCCAUUGAGUCCAAGGGAAACGAGAUUGUGUCACAAAUCGAGUCGCAGUUGGAACGAUGGGGGAAGACGCAGGAAAGCAUCUUGGCCGAAUGCGUGGCGACGUUUGACGCGAUGAAAUUGCCAGACCCUUCCACAAUCAGUUUCCCAGAGGACAACACGACAAAGUGCUCUCCACCGAUUGACGCGUUCCCUGACCUCAAAGCGCUUGAUUCAAAGUCCAUGGCGAAUUUGACGAAGACAAUGCAAGAUUGUUUUGAGUCAGCAGACGAAAUCGCAAAGCAGUUGGACUUGAAGCAGUACAUUCCGAUCCUUGACACUGCCCGUGUGACCUACAACAAGGCAUGUUCGAUUUUGGCCAUCAUUGCCCUGAUCCGCCUCAUGAGCUCUAAGAGGUUCGAGAAAGCCAUCAAGUCCAAUGAAGCAGUGCCGGCGAUCAUUAUCGAGAACAUCAACGUGACCAUGACAUCUUGCAAGGAGCACAACUUGACAGUGCCUGGUGCUCUCCAAGCGCUCGCCUUGUUGCAUGCGCCGCCCCAGAAGCCGACCAAAUAG